AUUACCUACACAAGCUCAUUUAGAGGAAGAUGAAAGCCAUUUUGGAAGAUGAAAACAUCCUUAUUAAGCAUUGCAGCAAAUAAGCAAACAAGGUAUUUUCAGGAUGAUUUUAUUGUAUCAAAUGGUACAUUUCAUUUUAUUUGCCUCAGUGUCUAGUGAAUGUGUGACUAAGCUGUUGAAAGAUACCUACUUUGAAGGAGGAGACAUCACUACAGUUUUUACACCAAGCGCCAAGUACUGCCAAGUAGUCUGCACCUACCAUCCAAGAUGCUUGUUCUUCACUUAUGUGGCUGAGUCACCAUUCCAAGACCCUACUGCAUGGUUUACUUGUGUCCUGAAAGACAGUGUUAUAGAAACACUGCCAAGAGUGAAUAGGACAGGAGCAAUUUCUGGAUAUUCUUUCAAGCAAUGCUCACAUCAAAUAAGUGCUUGCAACAAAGACAUUUAUGUGGAUCUAGACAUGAAGGGUAUAAACUACAACAGCUCUGUUGCCAAGAACGCUCAGGAAUGCCAAGAGAGGUGCACAGAUGACAGCCACUGUCACUUUUUUACAUAUGCGACAAGGUGGUUUCCCAGCGUGGAGCAUCGUAAUAUUUGUCUAUUGAAGUACACCCAAACAGGGACACCAACCAGAAUAACGAAGCUCAGUAAAGUGGAGUCUGGGUUUUCAUUGAAGUCCUGUGCACUUUCUAAUCUGGCUUGUAUUAGGGACAUUUUCCCCAGCACAGUGUUUGCAGACAGCAACAUCGACAGCGUGGUGGCCCCAGAUGUUUUCGUCUGUCGCCGCAUUUGUACUCAUCAUCCCAACUGUUUGUUUUUUACCUUCUUUUCCCAAGAGUGGCCAAAAGAAUCGCAAAGAAAUCUUUGUCUCCUUAAAACAUCUGAGAGUGGAUUACCAAGUACACGCUUUACGAAGAGCAAAGCUCUUUCUGGUUUUGGUCUACAAAACUGCAGGCACAGCAUCCCAGUGUUCUGCCAUUCCUCAUUUUACCACGACACUCACUUCUUGGGAGAAGAGCUGGACAUUGUCGAUGUGAAAGGUCACGAAGCCUGCCAGAAAAUGUGCACCAAUGCCAUCCGCUGCCAGUUUUUUACCUAUGCCCCAUCUCAAGGAUCUUGCAACGAAGGGACGGGCAAAUGUUACUUAAAACUUUCCUCCAAUGGAUCUCCAACUAAAAUACUUUACGGGAGAGGAGGCAUCUCUGGAUAUACCCGGAGGUUAUGUAAAAUGGAUAAUGAAUGUACAACCAAGAUCAAGCCCAGGAUCGUUGGGGGAACCGCGUCUGUUCACGGUGAGUGGCCGUGGCAGGUAACUCUCCACGUCACGUCGCCCACACAGAGACACCUGUGCGGAGGCUCCAUCAUUGGGAACCAGUGGAUAUUAACGGCCGCUCACUGUUUCUAUGGGCUAGAGUCACCUAAACUUUUGCGUGUGUAUAGUGGCAUUUUAAAUCAAUCUGAAAUAAAAGAGGAUACACCUUUCUUUGGGGUUCAAGAAAUAAUAGUUCAUGACCAAUAUAAAACAGCAGAAGGCGGGUAUGAUAUUGCCUUGUUGAAACUGGAAACAGCGAUGAAUUACACAGAUUCUCAGCGACCCAUAUGCCUACCUUCCAAAGGAGAUAGACAUGUAACAUACAUGGACUGCUGGGUGACUGGAUGGGGGUACAGAAAAUUAAGAGACAAAGUACAAAACACCCUCCAGAAAGCCAGUAUACCCUUAGUGGCAAAUGAAGAAUGCCAGAUGAGAUACAGAAGGCACAAAAUAACCAAUAAGAUGAUCUGUGCUGGCUACAAGGAAGGGGGGAAGGAUGCUUGUAAGGGAGACUCGGGGGGCCCCCUGUCCUGCAAACACGACGAGAUCUGGCAGUUGGUGGGCAUCACCAGCUGGGGCGAAGGCUGCGCUCAAAGGGAGCGGCCAGGUGUUUACACCAACGUGGUCGAGUACGUGGACUGGAUUUUGGAGAAAACUCAAGCAACGUGAAUGCGUUCCCAGGAGCCAUUUGACUCCCUGAGGGUCGAACCAGAUCAUUCCCUGGAAGAGGUUUUGAGCUCGCUGAGGAAGACACUGUGUCUUCCUGCUUCCCACUCAGUAACAAACAGCAGGGGCUUGGUAUUUGUGAGAAAAUACCAAAAGAAAGCAAACUGUCAUUUUCAAAACUCCCUUUCUAUGACAAUCGUGGUUUGUUUUCAGCGUCCAGUCUCUCAUUUUUUUUAUCACACUUUUCCUGAGCCUAGGAAACACUAAAAGGUGAUAUUUUUGAAGAUUAGUAUGUAGGCAGAUGUACCAGAAAAGAAUCAAAUAGUGGCACCAAAGGAUCCAGUAGAACUGCUAAAAGAAACCACUAUGAAAAGAUUUAUUCAAGGAAAAACGGGAACUGGAAGACACAGGGACAAGGACAGCCAUCAUCAAUUUGCAAAAACCUUCACUCUGCCUCUGUGAACACAUUUCUUCUGUAAAGGAAGGAUUUGAGUGAAUUCGAUGGUUUUCAGAAUAGUCAGGGAUUCUUGUCAUUUUGAGUUUUAAUAUAUGUUUUUUCAAAUCAGUUUAGAUAGACAAGCUAAGGGUGAAUGUGAGUAAAGACACCAGAAUUUCUAUAUGGGAGUGGAUCAUGAGCAGCAAUUUACCUGGAAUCGGCACUUCAGGGGACCCCUCCUAAAGACGCAUUUGCCUAGAAAACUGUGCAUAGAUUGCACCUUUAUUUGGAGUGGUUUGGUGGGGGGGGGAAGGCUGAUGAAGUUAGAGAAACAAGCUGAAAUCUGCCUAAGACAAGCUGCCUCUAUGAGGUGGCUUUAUAAAGAGUGAGAUAGUAAAUGUAUUGGACAAAAAUCAAUGUAAAUAGCAUAUAUACUGCAGAGAAAAAAAAACAAUUUGGGAACAAAUGGAUGGUUAUAGUAAAGUUUUUAGCAUCUUCAAGCA